GCCCAAAUCCAAACUUUGACUACAACCAAAGAACCAAUAAUGCAGAAGAUAAGCAAGAAUGUCAGGGACUAAAUUAGCCACCCUACUUCCUGAAGGGAAUUGGUGCCUUCUCUCAGGUGUGAAGAAUCAGGACCAUGCUUUGCUCUAGUCAAGCUGAUUUAUUGCUCAAACAUAUACCCAACAAUAUAGUCAUCUAAUGAUCAGCAUUAAAUUGGUGCUAAAUAAGAAUUAACAGAAUUCAAGAGGGUCUGGACUUGGAUCAUUUGUGGGAACUUAAGGAUUCUAGGCUGAUUACUCUCUUAAAUCCACCCACCAGGCUCUGCUUGUCCUUCUCCUACACCUUCUUUCCAAAGCUGUGCCGAGCUCAUGGCGAGUCCCGGUGGGCCUGCGGAAGGCAGGCUGCAUUGUGGAAGGAAGAGCAAACCAGGAUGGGGUGGGACAGGUGCAUUUUGGGCUUGUGUCCCACUCUUGUGCUGGACUGGCCAUGGCUGUGCCACUUCCUGUUUGUGUUGGAAUCUGGAAUUGAGGGGAAGGGUGAAAAGAUUGGCUAGCCUUGAAUCACUGAUGUGGAAGGAGUAACUGAAAGGACAUCCCCUCCCCACUAAAUCUUGGCAGUAUUUUUCUAGUUCUUCUACGGUGAGUGCAUUACUCUGACGAGCUCCUGCCGGCCUAGCAGUUUGAAAGCAUGCAAAUGCAAGUAGGUAAAUAGCUAUCACUUUGGUGGGAAGGUAAUAGCGCUCCGUGAGGUCAUGUUGGCCCCAUGGCCGCAGAAAGGUCUUUGGACAGCGCUGACUCAGCGGCCCUUGAAAUGGAGAGGAGCACCACCCCAGCAAUGAUUAGCGGAGUAAGCUCUGCAUGCUUUAACUUUACAUUCUGUGUUGCCAGGCCUUGGCAAGCCGAUCUGUAAAGGGAAGGGGCUUGCUUUUCAGCUGAAAAAUGAAGGGCAGUUUAGAAUUACGGUACAGACAAACUAAAAACCUCCCGCCUGUCUGUCCUUUUCCAGCUCAUGUUUCAGCCCUGCGGCUCUUUGAUAUCAGUGAGUUGGAUAUCCUGGAAGAUUACACGGUGGAUUUACACCAGUUCAUGCCAGUGGGAGGCGUCUAUCACUGUGAUUUGCUGAAGCUCCCGCCUCAAGCCAAACAGGUCAAAGGAUGGACCAUCGUGGAAAUCUUGGAUACAGGAUUAGAGACUUACCCCUACACUGCGACAUGUGAGGAAUCUGAAGACAACUCAGCCGUGACGGUGGGGAUCACGAUCCAUCUGACUGAUUCCGUGAUUUAUUUUGAAGAGCCACUGAUAGCGAGGUGGGAUAAUCAAGAUAAAUACUGGAGGACUGAUGACAUUGGGGAGGUGGUCUACAGCAUGAAGGAGAAGGAGGUCUCCUUUAGGAUGAAUGGCUUCUUCACUGUCACGUUGCUUCAGGAUGCUCACCUCAAUAUGCCGUAUCAAGCCUGGGAGCUCCAGCCUGUAGGCCCCGACCGAGCUAUUUUUACCAUCCUCACCACCUUUGCUGAGGUCCAGAUCCACAUCAAGGAAAGUCAAUGUAUGAUCUAUUCUGUGGCUACAGUCGAAGAUUCUGACCUGCUUAUGGGGCUGAGAGAAAAAUGGAUGACGCCCAUGGCCCUCUUGAUGCUCCUGAAGAGAGCCGGCAUGAACAUCUUCCCCGCUGAAUACUCCUCAAAGUAUGUCAGCGUGAACAAAAAAACGCUGUUGGCAGAAAUCAUGGUUUAUCAGCAAAUGUCUCUUGUUGCCACCUCUUUUGCCUUUGGCUGGAGCAAAUGGAAUCUGAAGAGUGGAGAGAAUAAUCUGGUUUUUAAGGCCUGUGAACAUCUGACCGAAGAAGAACAGAUCCAAGAAGACGCGUGGGCUCUUUACAUGUUCAACGGCCAAAGAGCUCAGAAGCUUGCCAUCGACGAAGACAGCGACGCUUUCUCCAAGAACAUUGCGGAAGGCUCCGAAUUCCACUCCACUCUCUAUCAUCUCCUGAAAGAUGCGGGGAGCACAGCGGCAAUGGACCGGGUCAGACAGAGCAACUACCUGUUCAUCGAUGCCGUGUACCAAAUGCUCCUUGCCACCAGGGUGCUGACAUACUCCUAACACGCCAAAAGCUGCUUAAGAAACUUUAUUGAGUU